AAAGUUAAACGCUGGUGUGAUUCUUCUGGUUUGAAAAUUGAUAUAAAUAAUGCAUGGCAUGCUGAUAAUAAGCCAAUAACUCAUUUAAGAAGAGGUCAAAAUGAUGAUGAUGCUGUUAUGUUAUCACAGAUGACUGACAUAACUAUCAAAAAAGUCAUAAUGGAUAACCUGCUUCCACAGACAAUUAAGCAACUAAUCCCACAUCAUCCUUCAGCAGAUUACAGGAAUCGAGACUUUGUUAACAAACAGUUUGUUGACAGUAAAGCCGUCACUCUUGAUCCAUCAAAAGGUCUCAACAUGAAGGGAAAUAAGCUAGAUAAUCUUGCUGACCCAGCAAAUGCAACAGACAGUUCCAACAAACAGUUUUUGAUAUAAAAACAAGUAAUUUUUUUAAAUUGAUGUUUCAAGAAUAACGACUGGUGAUUUCAAUAUGAUUACAAGAAGUAUAAUCAGUCUCAAAGAGGCACAACCACAUAAAAGCACUCUUGCUGCUAACAAUAAUUUUCUCAAUAUGAAAGUCUGACAAUAAUGCAAUCAUCAAGACCUAUUAUGAGAAGUAUGUUGAUGACAGAUUAAAUCAAUCUGAGUCAAAUACAAAUGAGAAAAAACACACUCCAAUAUCUCAUGGGAAACCCUUUUUCUGAAUUCAGUGAUGAAGAUGUGAAUGGUGUCCUGAUUACCAAUAAAGAUUUUCACAAAGUCAAAACCAAAACAUAUGAGAUGAAUCUUCAUCUUGACUCAAACAAAAGGUAUUACAGCAGUUGCAUAGGUCUUAAUAGGUACCCUUUUGCAACCGGUAAAUAUACUGUCUUUUUUUAACUGUAUUUUUCCUUAUCAAUUGACAUUUCAUCAGUCUAGAUAUCUGCUACCAGUAGUAUGGAGGUAGUAUUAAGAACAUUGGCUAAGACGUUUAGUGAUCAAUGCUGAAGUAUAAUUCAUUUUCAUAAAUACAAUAAUGUGACUACCAAUUAUCUCAUGAUUGAAAUGAUUUUGAAAAAUAAAUCUGUCAUCAGUUAUACACAAGAUUUACAAGUUUAUGUCAUAACGUAUGGUGUUAUAAGGUAUCACAAUGAUGUCUCAAAUGUUUGGAAUAAGAUACCACGGUGUCAUCAAUUUCAAUGACAAGAUGAAAAUGGAUGUAGUUGAUCUUGUCAGCUAUCAAAAUUCCGUGUCUAAAAAGAUACAUGAUGCUGAUAGAAAUAGAUUUUAUAACUCUAUUACAAAUUGAAACAAAUACUAUUAUAACAAUGAAAAAACUGUUAAACUUAGAGACUUAUCUCAUGCAAAUACAGUAAUGUCAGAUGCAUCACAUUUUUGUUUUUUUAUGUAUAUGGAAGGAAAUAGAACAAUUUUUGAUUGUAAUCAUAUCUACAAAAAUAUUGAUAAAAUCAGAUGGAUGAAAUCAAAACUUUACAUCAAUUUUACUAUGAACUAGACGCAUAUUCGCAUUCACCCGGGCUUUCUGUUGGAAGUAAACUUUGUUUUUCGUGCCUGCAUUUUCUUAUACAAUUAUUAAUUUCUCCUGUAAGUGUUUUUUCUCUUGAUAUGCCAGAGAUGCAAGUUUCUCAUAUGUAUACUAAGCUGAAAACAGCAUUUGUUAUGUGGUGUAAAGACCCUUUUCUGAGGUGGGGUGAGGGCAGGUAG